AUGGGUCAACAGUUAAGAGAGAUGUGGUUAACAUAUUCCAAAUCUAAGACCCAAAUGUACUGUAUUGAUUGUAUAUUAUUCCCUGGUCGUGGUAAAGAAAAACCAAAUAAAUCAUGGGUCAAAGAUGGUUUCCGAAAUUGGUCUUCUUGUACACAAAGUAUUAUAAGUCAUGAAACAUCUUCGUCACAUAUUUACUCUUCACUAAAAUUAAAAUUGAGACAAUCUUCAUUACCGUGA